CAGGCAGAGGGGCGGGGCACAGCUGACAGCAGGGGGUAGGUGCGGUAGUGCGGCGUCUGACGUGCACGCUCACACACACACUCAUUCACGCGCUCACACACACACAGAGGAAACCCUCACAGCGCUGGACCGACACGCACCAGACACUGACCUGCACAAAAUGCUGCGUUCACGACCUCUGACAAGCCGCAGCUGAGUGUAACGAAAAUAAAUAACCCGAAAAGCUUUGCGCGUCAAAUCUCUUCGCGUAGACCUAAGCAAACACUACAGUGGUGUUUUUUUUUUCUUCUUCUAUAUUUUGUUCCACAGCAAAAGAAGGGGGGAGACAAUAAUCUCAUCACAGCACAAGUGGAUGCGCUUAAGCGGUGCAUGAAUCCCUCCGUUUGCCUUGCAGGACCAGGAGAAAACCAGGCGGUGCUGACGACUGUGUGGAGGAUAAGGUCUGCGAGAGCACAUUGACCGCGUCUGCGCUUUGGCAACGGCUUCAGGAUGGCGUUAACGAUCUGCACGAGAUUCACCGAUGAAUAUCAACUGUUUGAAGAGCUGGGAAAGGGGGCAUUUUCUGUGGUCAGGAGGUGCGUGAAGAUCUCCUCUGGACAGGAGUAUGCUGCCAAAAUAAUCAACACCAAGAAGCUCUCUGCCAGAGAUCAUCAGAAACUGGAGAGAGAGGCGAGGAUCUGUCGUCUACUGAAGCACCCUAACAUUGUUCGACUCCAUGACAGCAUAUCAGAAGAGGGUUUCCACUAUCUGGUGUUUGAUCUAGUGACAGGAGGAGAGCUUUUUGAGGACAUCGUAGCCAGGGAGUACUACAGCGAGGCUGAUGCCAGCCACUGCAUACAGCAGAUCCUGGAGAGUGUCCAUCACUGCCAUGUUAAUGGGAUCGUGCACAGGGAUCUUAAGCCUGAGAACCUUCUAUUGGCCAGUAAGCUGAAGGGGGCGGCGGUCAAGUUGGCUGACUUUGGGCUUGCUAUCGAGGUGCAGGGGGACCAGCAGGCAUGGUUCGGUUUUGCUGGCACUCCAGGCUACCUGUCGCCAGAGGUUUUGAGGAAAGACCCAUAUGGAAAAGCAGUUGACAUGUGGGCCUGUGGUGUAAUUUUAUACAUCUUGCUGGUGGGCUACCCUCCCUUCUGGGAUGAGGACCAACAUCGCCUCUAUCAACAGAUCAAGGCUGGAGCCUAUGAUUUCCCAUCCCCAGAGUGGGACACUGUAACUCCUGAGGCCAAGGAUCUGAUCAACAAGAUGUUAACCAUCAACCCCAGUAAACGCAUCACUGCCACAGAGGCCCUCAAACACCCUUGGAUCUGCCAACGAUCCACCGUAGCCUCCAUGAUGCACAGGCAGGAGACGGUCGAGUGUCUGAAGAAAUUCAACGCCAGGAGGAAACUCAAGGGAGCCAUAUUGACCACUUUGCUAGUCACAAGAAACUUCUCAGCAGCCAAGAGUUUGCUCAACAAGAAACCAGACGGCGUGAAGGUCAACAACAAGGCCAACGCAGUGACCAGUCCUAAAGACACUGGCCCUGCCCCUGCACUGGAACCACAGACAACUGUGAUUCACAACCCGGUUGAUGGGAACAAGGAGUCUGUGGAGAGCGCUAACACCACCAUAGAGGACGAGGAUGUCAAAGCUCUUCGUCUGGGCGGAUUAGUGAGUGGUCUCUUGAGCUCCAAGAGCCGUUCCUCACAGAUGUCUGACUCCAGACAGACGCCCACCUCCUCAGUUCAGACCUGCACCAAUAACAAUAAAGCUCGCAAGCAGGAAAUCAUCAAAGUCACUGAGCAGCUGAUUGAGUCCAUCAACAAUGGAGACUUUGAAGCCUAUGCGAAGAUAUGCGACCCUGGUCUAACAACCUUUGAACCUGAGGCGUUGGGCAACCUGGUGGAGGGACAUGACUUUCAUCGCUUUUAUUUUGAGAAUGCUCUGUCUAAAGGUAAUAAGCCGGUGCACACCAUCCUGUUGAACCCGCACGUGCACCUAAUUGGAGAAAAUGCGGCGUGCAUCGCCUACAUCCGACUGACCCAGUACAUGGACACCAGCGGCAUGCCCCGCACCAUGCAGUCGGAGGAGACCCGUGUGUGGCACCGCCGCGACGGCAAGUGGCAGAACAUCCACUUUCAUCGCUCUGGUUCACCGAGCAUCCCUUCUCAGUAAGAGACAUUAAUGGAAAAUCAACAAGUAGAUCAGUCGACCACCGACCUCUUACUGCUGUCUAUAAGUACAUGACACUGCACAGGACACAAGUAUUCUUACAUUAUACUGUUAUGGCAUUUUAUUAACGGACGUCAUUGAAAACCACCACCAGGUGGCUGCACACUGCAUUUGGACAUUACAACACAAGGAUAUUGACAUUUGUUUGUUUGUUUGUUUUUUAAGAUGUUUUGGUAUGCAUUUUAAAAAUCUAAAAUAGAGAUGUUUAAAAAUCUACUACUGUAAUCUCUUCUAAAAAUGAGUUCCGUAUUUCUACGUGUAUUCCUGUGUGUGCAAUACAACAACAUUUGGA